AGUUUGAUUGACGUGUCGUUGGUGACGCCCAUCCAGGAUUCAUCUGUCUACAGGUUCCCGCUGGAUUUGGUGUCAGACCUGCUGCAGGAGAAUGACGAAUUCCUCAGCAAAGAGUUCCAAGAGACCAUCAUUGUCGCCUUGACCCCAUUACUAGAAAAGAACCACCCGACCCAGGAGAUCUGUGAGUUCUUCAGCAAGCAUUGCAAGGACAGCCCGCGGUCUACCCUGGUCAUAGAGUUGUUCACACCUGUGGUGCAUAGGAUAUUGAAACAUAAUACAGACUUUGGCAGGUAUCCUCGAAUGAGAACCUUUGUGCAGGAGUACAUACAGGCCUUAAACUGCCAGAAUGAUGGUCUCAAAGUGGUGCAGGCACUAGUCAAAAGCAUGCAUGGCCCAGCCAGCUCAUGCCCUCAUCCACGAGUCCUGCCCAACAUGGUCGCUGUGUGCCUGGCUGCUAUAUAUAGCUGUUAUGAGGAAAGGAAAAACUCUUCACAUGAGAAUGUAAACGGAGAAGACUUUGACCAGAUUGAGUGGGAGAACAAAUUACUGUGUUAUGUGUCUAUGAUGGAAGUCAUGUCAGAGUUCAAUGAUUGGCGCUAUGUGCUUGGCAGUUUGUUACAGCCCAUCCCUUUCCCAGAUGAUGCUAUUGCAGAUUCCCUGUUCACAUCCCGCAUGAAAGUCACCAUCCACAACGUGUCCUGUGAUGAAACCUGUGGAGUCCACCAAACUCUGCUAGGCAUCAGAGAAGGCAAGGAAGGCUGGUUCCAUCUGUACUGUCCUGGCGGCAUAGCCUGCGAUGACGAGGGCCAGCUCUGGGGGGUCAUGUUGAACACUUUAAUGAAAUGUUGUUGCAAAAGAAAGAAAUUCCUUAUGAGCAUCUCCAAGAUGAUUGGACCAAUCAUGCUGCUUGCUCUCAGGGAUAACAUCGCAGCCAUUGAGGUAUUGUGUGCCAUGUUAGAACUGGAAGUUGUAGACAGCCAUGACAUGAAGAUGCAGAUGAUUACAACUUUACAGUCCACCUGUGACGGCAAGCGCAUGUAUGCACAGUUGUGUGAGCGCCAGAUCGCCAUUAAAGAAAUUCAACAGAAGGGCGGACCCAAGAAACUGACCUUACCUAGCAAGUCCACCGAUGUUGACCUGACCCGAAUGUUGAGUUCAGGGUCGUUUGGUAACCUUGAGUGCCUGAGCCUGGCCUUCACCCAGGUGACAAGUGCUUGUGCCGAUGAUUUGAUCAAGUUACCGUCACUGCGUUACCUGAACCUCUGGUCCACACAGUUUGGGGAUCAGGGCUUACAGAUCAUCUCUGAGCAUCUGCAAAAGUUGCAGGUUCUGAACUUGUGUGAGACGCCGGUCACAGACAAGGGAUUGUCAUGCCUUGCUGCCAUGAAGAGCCUGCGUAAACUCAACUUGAACAGUACCAACCUGUCUGCACUGACGUUUGAGGGCUUGAAGGAGAAAUUACCAGCCCUUCAAGAAUGUGACGUCCGCUACACCGAUGCCUGGUGA